AUGGAUAAGUCCACACGAAGAGCCAAGUUUGAAGGCGUUUGGAACGUGAUUCACGAUGAGCUAUUGGCUCAUUUGAAGGCUUGCGGAAUGCCAGCAGAGGCUCAGGAGUGGUAUUCUGAGAACUUGCAUUACAAUGUUCCCGGUGGAAAGUUGAACCGUGGAAUGUCAGUGGUGGACACUGUCGAAAUUCUUAAGGGCCGUCCGUUGACAGAUGAAGAAUACCUCCAAGUCGCUGUAUUAGGAUGGGGCGUCGAGCUCCUUCAAGCUUUCUUUCUUGUCACUGACGAUCUCAUGGACUCUUCCAUAACUCGCCGAGGUCAACCGUGCUGGUAUCGCGUUCCGAAAAUUGGCCUUGUCGCUGUGAACGACGCGUUCAUGCUCGAAGGAGCGAUUUAUCAUCUACUCAAACGUCAUUUCAAGAAAGAGCCAUACUAUGUCGAUUUGCUCGAAUUGUUCCACGAGAUUUCGUAUCAGACAGAGAUUGGGCAGUUGAUUGACCUGAUCACCGCACCAGAGGAUGCAGUUGAUUUGAGCAAAUUUUCAUUACAAAAACACUCGAUGAUCGUGGUUUAUAAAACUGCUUUCUACUCCUUCUACUUGCCUGUUGCGUUGGCAAUGCUAUUUUGCUGCGUUCCCACUUUUAUCCUUAUUCCUCUGGGCGAAUAUUUUCAGAUUCAAGACGAUUUUCUCGACUUUGCUGGAGUUCCUGCGCAGAUCGGUAAAGUUGGGACCGACAUCAUUGAUAAUAAAUUAAAUCAAGGUAGUAGCCUUUGCCAAAGGGGGUGGUUUGGCUAA